AUUCAAAUAGCGCUAUGUGGUAGAUUAUAUCCUAAAGAGGGUGAAAAGGAUAGUAUGGUGUGGAUUCCCUCAGCUUCUAGUUCUUUCAAAGCAGGAAAAACAUGGCAUUGGAUAAGAAAUAAGCAAGCUAGAGUACCAUGGCACAAAUUAGUUUGGUUCCCUCAAUCAAUCCCUAAACAUAGCUUCAUUUGCUGGUUAGCUAUGCUGGAUAGAUUAACAACAAGAGCCAGGCAAAAGAAAUGGCCUCCGACUUUGACUGACACUUGUGUACUGUGCAACAAUGACUCAGAGACUACUGAACAUCUCUUCUUCAAGUGCUAUUACGCAAGAAGGGUCUGGCAAGUUUUGAGCAAUUUGGCAGGUAUUCCAUUUAUGGACUCUUGGCAAAGGCUUUUAAUGUGGAUGGGAAAGCGGAUACGAAGGAAAUCCUUGUAUUGGACACUUAUCAAGUUAAUAUGGAGUGCUGCAAUCUACCAUGUUUGGAUGGAAAGGAACAAUAGAAUCCAUCAGCAAGUCUUUAGAACAGAAGAGGCAGUAUGUGAAGAAGUGCGAUUUGAUGUGAAACACAGGAUUUUAGGUUUUGCCAAGUUGAAAUCGUCAUCUCUACCUGUCUCCGUGGCAAUUAAUUGGGGGAUUGAAGCUGUUGUGCAAGGAUAGUAUAGAUUAAAUAGUUUCUGCAUUUUAUUUUGUAGCAGCAACAAAUUGCUGCUUGCUUGUGUAUAUACAGUUACUGGAUAAAUAAAAUUCACCUUUUAUC